AUGUCGUCCCCAGGCAUGCCAGACUUACCUGUCCCACUCACCAAUGUGAAGUUUGAAUAUACGAAGAUCUUCAUAAACAAUGAAUGGCAUAAUUCAGUGAGUGGCAAGAAAUUUCCUGUCUUUAAUCCUGCAACGGAGGAGAAACUCUGUGAGGUAGAAGAAGGAGACCGGGAGGAUAUUAACAAAGCAGUGAAGGCUGCACGACAGGCCUUUCAGAUUGGCUCUCCCUGGCGUACUAUGGAUGCUUCGGACAGGGGACGGCUUCUGUACAAGUUGGCAGAUUUAAUUGAAAGAGAUCGUCUGCUGCUGGCAACAAUGGAGGCAAUGAAUGGUGGGAAACUAUUUUCCAACGCAUAUCUGAUGGAUUUAGGAGGCUGCAUAAAGACACUGCGCUACUGUGCAGGGUGGGCUGACAAGAUCCAGGGCCGCACAAUACCUAUUGAUGGAGACUUUUUUACUUACACAAGACAUGAGCCUAUUGGUGUGUGUGGCCAAAUCAUUCCUUGGAAUUUCCCCUUGGUAAUGUUGAUUUGGAAAAUAGGGCCUGCCCUCAGCUGCGGGAACACGGUGGUUGUCAAACCGGCAGAGCAAACUCCUCUCACUGCUCUUCACGUGGCGUCUUUAAUAAAAGAGGCAGGGUUUCCUCCUGGCGUGGUGAACAUUGUCCCUGGGUACGGGCCGACUGCAGGGGCUGCCAUUUCUUCCCACAUGGAUGUGGACAAAGUGGCCUUCACUGGAUCUACGGAGGUUGGCAAAAUGAUCAAAGAAGCUGCGGGGAAAAGCAAUCUGAAGAGGGUGACCCUGGAGCUUGGCGGAAAGAGCCCUUGCAUUGUGUUUGCUGACGCAGACAUGGACAACGCUGUGGAAUUUGCACACCGUGGACUGUUCUACCACCAGGGCCAAUGCUGUAUAGCUGCAUCCCGGCUUUUUGUGGAAGAAUCAAUUUAUGAUGAGUUUGUUCGAAGGAGUGUCGAGCGGGCUAAAAAGUAUGUCCUUGGGAAUCCUCUGACCCCAGGAGUCAAUCAAGGCCCUCAGAUUGAUAAGGAACAAUAUGAGAAAAUCCUGGACCUCAUCGAGAGUGGGAAGAAAGAAGGGGCCAAGCUGGAAUGUGGUGGAGGCCCCUGGGGGAAUAAAGGCUACUUUAUCCAGCCCACGGUGUUCUCUAAUGUUACGGAUGAGAUGCGCAUUGCCAAAGAGGAGAUAUUUGGACCAGUGCAGCAAAUCAUGAAGUUCAAAUCUUUAGAUGAUGUGAUCAAGAGAGCAAACAAUACUUUCUAUGGCUUAUCAGCAGGAAUCUUCACCAAAGACCUUGAUAAAGCCAUAACAGUCUCCUCUGCUCUGCAGGCCGGGACAGUGUGGGUGAAUUGCUAUAGCAUGGUGUCUGCCCAGUGUCCCUUUGGUGGAUUCAAGAUGUCUGGAAAUGGACGAGAACUGGGAGAAUAUGGUCUCCAUGAAUACACAGAGGUGAAGACAGUCACAAUGAAAAUUUCUCAGAAGAACUCAUAA